AGGUUCUUGAAAGCCCAUGGCCAUCGGCAUUGUCGAACGAUGAAGUACGCUCCAUUGCUUGCCUGUGACGAUCGCUCGACCAGUGAAGCCCAGAGAUCUUUCUGAUCUUACCAACUUCGGGUGUCGAAACAAGAGCAACAGGCAGGCACAAUGACUAUCAACACUCUUUUAACACAUGCGAACUCUGCUGGGUUCUUCAACUCCAAGGGCAAGAUGCUAAAGGCAGUCCUGUUCACCAAGAAAUCUGAAACCCCCAACUUGUGGCUGCGAGUAGCAGAUGCGUUGUCGUCCAAGUAUGACUUCGGGGAGGUGAGAAUGGAUGAGGAUGCGAUUCUGUGCAAGUUUGGACUCUCUGCCGAAGUCCUCCCGAAGAUCAUCGCAGUGAGGGUGGUGGAGGAGGGGAAGGCGGAGAAUAUCCUUUACGAAGGGCCCAACGACUUCGAGCACAUCGCGGAGUUCCUGAAGGAUGCGGCGGAGGGAGGGUCACAGCUGGUAGAGCUGAAGAAGCAGGUGGAGUUCUUCCAACGGGAGGUUCGGGGACUGCAGCACGAAGUAGCGCAAGAGAGGGAGACUGCGCAGGCGGCGAAAGCUGAAUCUGCCCGCAUCAAGUUGGCGCAAGUUGGGCAGGUUGAAGCGAUCCGUAAAGGGAUCGAGGCAGAGCUGAGUCAGGCGAAGAGCAACGAGGCCGCGAUGAAGAACCAGUUGGAGAAGGAGACGAAUGAGCUGAAGGAGACGAUUGCGCGGCUGGAGCGGGAGAAGAAGAGU